ACAGCUACAUCCCCGGGGGGACGCCUGCACCCCCAAUGCCAAUUAUGGCGUCCUUUUAAUAGAAUUUUUUGAAUUAUACGGCCGUCAUUUCAACUACCUGAAAACGGGAAUCCGAAUCAAGGAUGGUGGUUCCUAUGUAGCCAAGGAUGAAGUUCAGAAGAAUAUGCUAGAUGGUUACAGACCGUCAAUGUUGUAUAUUGAAGACCCGCUACAACCAGGCAAUGACGUUGGUAGGAGUUCUUACGGCGCCAUGCAAGUUAAACAGGCCUUUGAUUACGCAUACGUGGUUCUGAGCCAUGCUGUCUCUCCGAUAGCUAAAUGUUACCCCAACAACGAAAGCGAAAGUAUAUUAGGAAGAAUAAUUCGAGUUACGCAAGAAGUUGUGACGUACAGAGAAUGGAUAUCCAAACAGUGGGGAAUCCAGAGUAAUGCAGAUACGUCGUGCAAUG